AUGUUCCACGUGUUCAGCUGGGCCGCACCAAACACCCCGAGUCCGGUAGACGGCCCCAACUUUGUUGUUCUUCAGAAGCAACUAUCGGAAGUGGAGGACUUCUUGACGGCCGAGACUAACGGUCCGGACCAGCGGGCCUACCUCGAUGCCGAAACAUCCACGCGGGUCGAAGUCUUUCUGUACCUCGAGCAGCUGGGGGCCGAGAUGCAGUCCACCAAGAAGGCAUGGAAAAGGCAAGAUUACGAGGAGCGCGUCGACAUUUUCAACGCAGCCGACUCCCUGUUCAGAUUUUUCCUUCCUCCCCUGUUUGACGGCCCGACAACAGAGAAAUUUUGGGGCGCCGUGAUGAAUUUGGUCAAGUUGUCUCCGCCAGAGGCUGCCGACGGGGAGUCUCACCCGAGCAACCUUGAUAAAACGAGGCGGGAUGCAGUCUAUGCCAAUGCUCAGACCGUCAAAAAAGCACUCCGCCAGCUUGCCCUUCCGGUAAUCGCGUGUAAGAGCAUUCUGUCGCACGCCGAGCCGACGGAUCGGCUGGAUAUCGACGUGCCGCAGGACCUCAUCGUCGCUUGGCUCCAUUUGGUCAUGGGCCUGAUCUAUGCCAGCCAUGAGACACACAUGUGGGAAGAUCAUCUGGACGUGGCCGACAGGCUGGUGAAGGGCGGCAUGAAGCAAAUGAUGGAACGGCUGUCAAGCCUCAGCCUUUUGGAACGGUCUUCGGUCCUCCCGCUGGAAUUGGUCUCGCUCAUCAGCUACCGCCUCUUGGCCAACACCUCUGGAAAAUAUGCUGGAAUUACCGACACCUACUCGGAAUACCUCCGGGCUCUGGAAAACGACAUUGCCAACGGGCAGUCGGAUAUGACGUACCAGCAGCGCAUCAACUUCCUGCGGCAAGAAGUUAAUGUGAUCAACCGCACGAUAGCGGCGCAAAGCAGCGUGUUCAACUCGAUUCUGGCAUCUCGCCAAGAAGGUCAAUCGGCAGCACCGAAGCAGCGCCGCCUGAAUCGGGGGGCAUUCGGCGAACAGGCCAACAACCGCGACGCCGUGUCGCUGCGGUCUCAUCUGCGGCUGGGCAGAAGCCGAUAUGGCGAUGACGAGGAAACGAACGUUCUAUUGGAGUCCAUGGCCGAGGUGUCUGACUUCUACAAGCUUCCGUCGACGGACGCCGCCGGGUUCAGGGACCUUCUGGCGGCGGAGUGCACGCAGCUGUUGGAGCGGCGCAACAGAGACUUCCAAGAGUACGGCGAGCAGGCGGACGUUCUAGAACAGACGAAUCUCAACAACGCGGCGGUGACGAAGGACCGGCAAGAGCAGGCCAUUUACGCCUUCACGAUUGUGACCAUCAUCUUCCUGCCCCUGAGCGCGGUUUCGAGCAUCUUUGGGAUGAACUCGAGCGACAUCCGAGACAUGAAGGACGGGCAGUGGCUGUACUGGGCGACGGCCAUACCGGUGACGAUCCUGACAAUCGUGCUCGGCCUGUGGUGGAUGGGGGAGAUGGGACACCUCUGGGACUGGGCGGUUCGGAAGAUACGAGGUGACGAGACAGUGGGCUCAGAGUUUCCGGGGCACGGGGGCGUGUCGGAGAAGGCUCACCGCCACGACGCGAUCGAGGUCCUCCCCGCCGCGCAGGCCGUGUACAGCCGGCCACAGUCGGCCAGGCAGAGCUUCGCGAGGCGGCCCGACAGUCGGCUGGGAGGGUGA